UCGCGGUUGGUGUGUGACGGCGGCGGGGCUGGGCGAGGCGGCGCGCGGGGGCGGGCCCGCGGGGGGAAGUGGCGGCCGCCGAGGCGGGGGCGCCCGGCCACUUCCUCGCCCGCGGUGGCUGCGGAGUUUGCACGGGGCUCGCUGGGCGCCCAGCCGGGAGGUCUCGCUGGGGGUGAGGGGACGCCCCUCCCCCCCCGCUCCGCGCCGGAGAAGGGGAGCGAGUGGCUGCCCGCGAGGCGCCCCGGGGCCGACGGGCGGGCGCCGCCUUGCUCCCCUCCUGCACCCCCGGGGGCAGCGGAGCGUACCCCGAGCGGAGAGCGUCUGCCCAGGCUCCCGCGGCGGGCAGCGGCGCCCGGAUCCCGGCGAGGGCGAGCCAGAGAGGGGCGCGAGGAUGGCGGGGCGCGCGCGGCGGGGCGCGGCGGCCCCUGCCCCAGGCGCGGAGAGGCGGGCGGCGCUGGGGCUGCUGCUGCAGGUGCUGCUGGGCUGGGGCUCGGGCUCGGCUCCGCAGCCCGGCUCCUGCCCCGCGCCCUGCGAGUGCUCCGAGGCGGCCCGGACGGUGAAGUGCGUGAACAGGAACCUGACGGCGGUGCCCCCGGACCUGCCGCCCUACGCGCGGCUCCUCUUCCUCACGGGCAACCGGCUCGCCAGCCUCCCGCCCGGCGCCUUCCUUUCGCCCCCCCUGCCGCAGCUCAGCCUCCUCAACCUGAGCGGCAGCCACCUGCAGCAGGUGGAGGCGGGCGCCUUCGCCAGCCUGCCCAGCCUCAGGCAGCUGGACCUGAGCGGCAACGCCCUGGCCACGCUGAGUCCCGAGGCCUUCGGCAACGCCAGCAGCCCCCUGCAGGAGCUGAACCUCAGCAACUCCCUCAACAACCAGAGCGUGGUGCCCGCCCUGGCCGAGCUGCUGGGCUGGGGGGUGCUGGGCAACUUGAGCCGCCUGGAGCUGGCCCACAACAAUCUGAUCUCCCUGCCUGCGGGCAUGUUCGCCUGCCUGCCCAGCCUGCAGCACCUGGACCUGCGGAACAACUCCCUGAUGAGCCUGCAGGCCGUGGCCUUCCUCAGCCUGGCCCAGCUUCAGAGCCUUGACCUCAGCCACAACUCCCUGAAGUGCCUGAAGAACGCCACCAUCUCCCAGCUCCACAGCCUGCCCGCGCUCCGCAGGAUCAGCCUGGGCCACAACACCUGGGUCUGCGACUGCUGCCUCGAGCACUUGGUGAGCUGGCUCAGGGAGAGCGACCAGGUGGAAGGGAAGGAGGCCUUGAAGUGCUCUUAUCCUGACAAGCUGCGGGACAAACCCCUGGUGAAGACCAACAGCUCAGACCUGGACUGUUCUGUGCCUGUAGACAUCCAGUCCCAAUUGCAAACGUCCUAUGUCUUCUUAGGGAUAGUGCUGGCUCUCAUUGGAGCCAUUUUUCUCCUGGUUUUGUAUUUGAACCGAAAAGGAAUCAAAAAGUGGAUGUACAAUAUCAGAGAUGCAUGUAGGGAUCACAUGGAGGGAUAUCACUACAGAUACGAGAUGAACGCAGACCCCAGGUUAACAAACCUCAGCUCUAGUUCUGAUGUAUGAAGAUACACUGUGGAAGCAGGGCAAGGCGCAGUAGCUAUGCAGGGCUGCUACUGAAACCUGUCAUUAUGCAUGAAAUGUAGACUUAAGCUUUACCCCCAUGCUCCCUUCCCCUCUCCCAGAGAAACAACAGAUUUAUUUGUGCCAUGGGGGGAAUAUGCCUCCAUGGAAUGUAAAGAUAAUGACUAUUUUCUGUUACCCUGAAACAUUGAGCAAUUUUGCAUGGUGUUGGGCUGUACAUAAGAAACGUGCUGCUAUUCCCUCCCCUCCCCGCAGCAUCUUUGGAACUUGCUCUCAAUACUUAUUUUGAAACAUUUUUCAAGAUCUAAAACGAAAAAAAGAUCCUCUUUGAUGUUCCCAAACCAGAAGAGCAUAUAAAAUUUACCAAUACAGAAAGUAUCCAACAAAAACUGCCUCAACUUUUUUGGGAAAGAAGCUUUAUUCAUUAAUUACAGUUUUGUUCUUAUGUAUCCUGAGAAGAAAUACCUGCAGAUUUAAAAAGCUCCUAACAACUCUGUACAAAGAAGCAACUAAAAUAGUGAGCAUGCACAAAUACUUUGUAGUUUUACAUGUUAGGAAAAACUUACAACCUCAAUAAGCCUCUUACUCUUUUGUAAAGUUCUUUUUGAUGGCAGUUUAAGUGAAAAUAGGAUUUUUUUUUUAAUAUAAACUGCAUAUAAACUCAGUUUGAACUGUUUAAAUUCAAUAAAUGUUCUUACAAAGAAUUACUGUUUGUGCUCAAAUUUGUUGUUUAAUGAUAAAACUCUCUGACAUAAAUGCAUGGAAGUAUAAGUUUCGGGAAUAUAAUAUUCACAAGUAGUUGUACCAUAUUAAUUCAUGGAAAACAAAUUCUGUUUUCAUAGAACAGGGUCCAGGUUAGAGUCUGGUUAUAAGUAUUCACAUGGCAACUUGUGAAACACCAUAUAAGAAUAUAUAGAUUCCACAGGGAAAACCGAUUUCCCUUAGUAAAAAAACAUAGCAAACAAAAGAACAGAGGCUAAUGCUAGGUUCUCCCUUAUCACUAAAAUACUGCAAGAUUAUAAACAAAAAUUACAUGAAAGUGUACACCUCAAAUAAAAAUCAAGUGUGAUGUAUGCUUAAAGCUUUAGAAAAUCACAUCUAAACUAUUGCUUUUAAUUAUAAAGUAGAUUUUCCAUAGUAGAGGAAAGGCAGAAUUUUCCACAUGAAACUUAAUGUUUGUUGUUUGAAACUUGCAAUCCUUGGGCAAUACUGCAGUAAUCUACACUGUGCAUCACGUUUUGAGAUCUGACCUAAUUUUACAGCUUCUUAAAACUACUAAUCGGUGAUCUUUAAUAAUAAUUCUAUACAUGUUUGUGCUUGGCAUUUGCCUAUGAGUGACACUUUGAUUAAAUAUUUAUGCAAAAUAUGUAAGGAAGGACUUUAAUCAUAUUGCCUAUUAUUUAAUUUUGAUGGCACAUAUCGAAAGGGUAGCAACAGAUAACCUAAUGAGAUUUCUUUUGUAAACAGAUUCUAAAUGAAAGGGGACAGAUUCACUUUGAACUUUUAAGACUUAAUUUAAUAUUUCUGCUUUUGGUUGAGCACUUCAAUUAUUUUAUCUGACAUUUUUAAACAAUACUUAGCAUAAUGUAAUAUAAAGUUUGUCUGGUAUAUAGAGUAUUUUUGCUUUUAAUAGUGAAAAUUUUAGUAGCUAUAUGCCUUUCAUAAGCUUUUUUUAUGAACAUAAAGAAGCUCUUAAACUAAGAUAUUGUGUAAAAAAUAUAUAAACUUAGUUUGACAGUAGUCACUAUUUAAAUGCAAUUGAUUUUUAUCCCUGCAGCUUGUGGCAUUCUCAAAGUAACUAAUUUGUUUUAAAACUAACUUCUGAAAUCAGCAACAUUCACUAAUGCUGAUAUUUGUUUUAAAUGUACAGUAUACACAAUUUUGAGAAUAAGGCAAAGGGAAGAACGCUCAAUUUAGAUAAAUGUAUUUUAAAACUAAUGACCUAUGAUAGCUUCUACUCUAAUGAUGAAGGAUCACAGCAAACUAGAUUCAGUUUACAGAUU